UGCGUAGGUGGCCGGUUACUGCCCGCCCGGAUAGAGGUGACGGGAGGGCGGCUCUAGCAGUGCCAGCCUCGCCCCGGGUGACCCCCAGACCUGCGUCCGCACCCAGCCAUGGGAGUGCAGCCCCCCAACUUCUCCUGGGUGCUGCCGGGCCGGCUGGCGGGGCUGGCGCUGCCGCGGCUCCCCGCCCACUACCAGUUCCUGCUUGAGCUGGGCGUGCGGCACCUGGUGUCCCUGACGGAGCGCGGGCCCCCGCACAGCGACAGCUGCCCGGGCCUCACCGUGCACCGGCUGCGCAUCCCGGACUUCUGCCCGCCCGCCCCCAACCAGAUCGACCGCUUCGUGCAGAUCGUGGACGAGGCCAACGCGCGGGGCGAGGCGGUGGGAGUGCACUGCGCCCUGGGCUAUGGCCGCACUGGCACCAUGCUGGCCUGCUACCUGGUGAAGGAGCAGGGCUUGGCUGCAGGCGAUGCCAUUGCUGAAAUCCGACGCCUGCGACCUGGCUCCAUCGAGACCUAUGAACAAGAGAAGGCCGUCUUCCAGUUCUACCAGCGAACUAAGUAACAGCCUCGGCACCCUUCUCCGGACUCCUUCUGUCCCGCCCUGUGGGGUAGAGGGGGCCGGAGAUGAAAGGAAGUGGACUAAAGGAUUUAACUUUGCGGCUCCUGGCCGGUUCAAGAGACUCAAAUAGCCACCCCUGCAGGCAGGUCCUGGUUGACGGGAUGGCUGGGACCCUGUUGAGGUGGGAGUUGAAGGGAUCCCUGAACUGUUUUCUUGAAGCAAAUAACCUUCAAGAACCAGCUCACAAUGCAUAGCACUUCACAGGGUACUCCCACACCUUGUUUUCUCUGCAUCUCACACAAGGCCAGAGAUACAGGAAAGGCAAAGGCCGGUUCCACUCUUUGGCUGAGGUGGCCAAGGCUCAGAGAGCCCCCAGGAGAGUGGAAGGAUAGAUCACAGCUACGACACAUGUGUUCUGCCUCUUGAAAAUGCUGAAAUUCUGUGUAUCUUGAUAUGGCUUCUGGAGCAAUGGGCAUUGAAAAACAUGCAAACCUAUGGCACCUGAGUCCCCCCCCCCCCCAGCUUUCUCUAAUGCACCCCUGUUGGCACGACCCCUCAGUCUAGGCCCACCUGCCCCACAAAUGUCACCCUUGUCCCUCUCAGUACAGAGAAGGCCUGGACGUCAAGCUCACAGGUGACCACCAACUCCGUCUCCCUGGGGAUGGGCCCCUCCUGCCAGCCUCAGUGCUGCUAGGCUCAUGUGGCAUCUCCAGCCUACUGAGCCACCCCCACAAUAUCAGGCCUAAGGAUGCAGAUCGUUAAUGAUUAAAUGAAGACCUCCACGACUAUGAAUCUUAGCCAUGUUCCUCAGAUAUCAUCUCCACUUCUAUCUUGCUGAGUCCCAUUGUGCCAUCAGUAUAUACUUUUGACAUCUAACAGAUGGGAGGAGUGGCAUACACCAGCCAAAUGGACUCAAUUUGCUACAGUGUCUGGGUGAAUUCCCGUCCUCUUGUGCCAGAGUGGGCUGGGCUGGAUAAGGUAGAAUUCAUCGUGAAAUACAUAGUAAGUGCCUGUGUGGACCAGGCUCUGUUACAUACAGAGGCUCCCCAGUGGGAUGAGAUGUGGUUUCUGUUCUCAAAAGCUCACAACCUCCCAAGAAGGUGGACGUAGAAAGAGCUCAAUCACAUAGAAUGGACUCCGCAGUAGACCUGCUUUGCAGGUAGAAUGGAGACAGAGGAGGGAGGAGGUAUCCCCCUGCAGACCCCAUUUCUGAGGUCUAGGUCAGACCCAGGACCAAACUACCUACUCCUACUUCUUUCCACCACCACCUCCCAACUCAACCCCAUCCAGCUCACCCUUACACAAAAGGUAAAUCAGCCAAAGUCUCCCUAGUCAGACUAAGAUGCCCUCCCCCCGUUGCCUUCUGUGCAUCACAUCUGAGAGGUCAGUUCCUUCACUUCAUCCUUUGGACCCCACCGAGUUUACCCAGGUGAGGACAUCUCCCAAGGAGAAGAAACCUACAGUUCCAGGCAUUCAGGCUGCAACAGAGGAAUGAAAAAUAGUGCAAAGAGAGGAUGCACCGAAUGAAACCCUUGGCCUUCUCUCCCCAAAAGCUUUUCCACCCUACCCACUCCGACCAGCAUGGCCCCAUUGUGUUUCUUGAUGCAAACCACAGCAUCCUCCAAAGGAACCUGUGUGUGUGUGUGUGUGGUCAUGUGAAGGGAGUGGACAGGAAGAGAGUGAAUGGCUCACUACCUGUACCCCUCCCCUUUGUUCUGAGGCUUACCAUGAUGGGAAGAGAGGUAAGAGGCUAGAAGCUGCCUCCCAGUGUUCACUCUGCCCUGACCUGCUGGGGCCAUACAAUCAGUCCUCAUCCUCUCAGCCUCUCUGGCCCUAUUUUACUCCCCGUCCCUACAUCCCCUGCACUGCAGGAGAGGAAUGUGUCCUUGUCUCACUCCCAAGGCUCCUUUGAAGGAGACAGAAAAUUUUUCUAACCCCAUUAAAGCCCUGUGUGCAGCCUCCAUCCCCAUAAUUUAAGAAGGUCUCCUCUGCUUCGAGAGUUCCUCAGGGAAAUAAACAUAUAAUUAUGUGCUUAAGGAAAUCGCUUUUUAAAUAAGUAAGAGUUGACUUGAAAUGAGAAAGUCUGCCCUUAUCCUUCCAUCUACCUUGAGAAGUUAGCCCAGGGCUACCUUUAGGUUCAUUCCCACUCCCAAUUUUUUUUUGCCUUCUCAUCACCCACUCAUCUGUGUGUGUCCACCAGUGAGGGACAACAGGCUAGCCGUGGCCUUUCCCCCCUUCUACCCUACAGAGUUGCUGGGUGAGAGGAACAAGGUGGCUCCAUCCGGAACAUCUGCACUGCAUCUGACCAGGGUUUCUCAACCUCAGCACGACCGACAUUUAGGGUUGAAUGAUUUCUUGUUGGGGGUGCUGUCAUUGCAGGGUGUUUAGCAGCAUUCCUGCCCUCUACCUGCUGGCCUUUCCUCGCAUCAGUAGCACACCCCGCCCCCCAGUUGUGACAACCAAGAGUCUCUAGACAUUGCCAGAUGUCCUCUGAGGGAACAAAAUGUGGCCCAGUUGAGAACGUGUGCAUCAGACCAACAAGCACCAAAUGCAGUCAUCAGUGUUCAUUUCCUAUGGGAAUAGACUUGGGGACAUCCUUGGGUCAUUUCUCCUGUGGAUGCACAGCCUUAGUAGGGGAGAAAGGACCAGAUCUGAUUGCAUUACCUUCCCAAGCAAGGUCUGGCAGCCCACCCGCAUUCCUCAGUCUUUUCCCAAGCAACUGGGGGAGACACCAGUGACUAUUCAAGGGGGGUUCCGUCCUCAAUGAGUUGCCUAGCUGCAGUACAUCUACUCCCACUCCUGUGUUUUUCAACUUCCAUGCCUGCUUAUUCUCUGUAUGUGUUCUGUGCUGAAUGCAGACUCUUCUGUUUGGAAAUCAUCUCUCCCUAUCAUCUGGGCUCUGUUCCAGUCUCUCUUGGAUUUGUCUUCCAGAAAACUGGAUUCAAAAAGAACUGGAGUCACCAGGGGAGGGGCACCAUCCACACUUUUCUUUGAAAAGAUUCCUUCUGGCCUAGUUGUCCCGCAUCCACUCCCCCUGCAGGAUACCCUUGGGUCCUUGUGCUUCCAGAUUUCAUGACUGCCUGACAGGCCAUGGAUCCCAGCACACUACUGCCUGCUGCCGAGAGGACUAGAAGGGGAGGUGAGCCCACACUUGCACAUGCACUGAGGCUGCCCACACCUCCCCUAGAGCUAGCUGUGAUCCCUGCCUGUACAGCUGAUCUUCCAGCUGCUCAUAACAUGUAAGGAUGCUGUCCACAGGGGGCUCAUCAUUCAUCUUCCUCUGGCUGAGGUCUGUUCAUGCAGACUGUCCCAUCUGCCCCCCGCCCAGUAUCAGCAAAAUCCAGUCUCCCCAGGACAAUAAUGAGCGGAGAUUGAUCCAAACCAUACACUGUUUCCCAAGAUGAACUGCAUCCAGUUGCCAAGCGUCAAAGCAAACCUUCUGCUGUCUGUAUCUUGCCAUUCUUUCUGAGAAGGAAACUAAUUUGGUCUCACAGGAUUGUUUUUGUCACAGAACAAUAGCAGUUACCACUAAUGCAUUUCAACUUGGUCCUGACCGUACUUUGCCUACUUACGUGAUCAUAAUUUGCCUCAUUUAUGAAGUGCUUCCCAUGUAGCAGGUGUUUCUAUUACAUUACUUUAUAUUAUUUUAUCCUUACAACAACUUUGCAAGUCAAGCAUUUUCCUUUUUUUAAUACACAAGGGGACUGAGACCAUGCCCAAAUCCACACAUUUAUAUUGAAGGAGCUGGAAUACAGAUACAAGUUGUGUUUGGGAGUCCACAGUGGGUGCCUGCCAGUACUAUCUCUGGCUCCAAUGACAUAGAACUGUGUGCCUUCGUGAUCAGAGUGUGUGGUCUCAUGGGCCAUCUUAUCUGCAUACCCUCCAAGUUCCACCCUCUUCAUCCUCUUGGGAUUUGUUAGGAGAUGACAGAACAACCUUGCACCUGAGGUCAGUAGCAGCCCUGGUGCUAAAGUCAGUAGCACCUAAAUUAUGUGCUGCUCUUUAAAAUUUGGCCUGAGCACUGAAGGCCACCGUAAUGAAAGUAAUCCAUCAGGGCAGUUCUGUCCCAUCUGCUGAAACCUGACCCAGAGCACACGGAUGUCCUUUGCCAGCAUGGCAUUCUUGAGGCAUGUGUGACCAGCAUCACCCUCGGAAACGCCUUUCAUGUCUGAUGACUUACUAAAAACCCCAAUACUUUCUCUGACUUCAUUGUUGUCUGAGCUUUUAAUGCAUGCCAGGCACUGUGCCAAGUACUUUACAGACAUUAUCUCAUUCAGUCCUCAAGGAAAAGGCAAUCCUGUGAACAAGGUCCAUGAGAAUAACCAGUACACAGUUGAGGAAACAGACCCAGAGAGUCUUAGGAAACUUGCCCGAAGACACACAGUACAAUAGGCUUCAAACCCGGAGCUGGCUAUAAACAGUCUUCCCUCCUGAGAGCAGAGACCAGACACUUUGUCGUAAUUAGAAAAUAGGUAACAGCCUCUGUGUUGGCAGAGUCCAGGCAUCUGGACUCACGGGGCUAUCAGCAGAGCUCUGUGAUCGCUUGGCUUCCCUGAGUUCAGGCCAAGCAUUCAGUAGCACAGCUCUGACUUGGGGGUGGGCUGGCUACCAACUCAGCUGUCAUCCCUCACAGGCUUCUGCCUCAAGCUCCAGUACCAUCAAAAGUGCAGGCCUCUUUUGCUUUAGAAAUGAGCCGCCAAGCCCUUCUCCCAUUGCUUCAGGGAUGUUCUGGCCAACGUGCAUUAGAGGCAUGCUCUUGAGAAAGCAGCAUGCUGCGCCUAGCAAGCAGAAGUUUGACAAAUUCUUGGAUCCCCCAUCCAUGCUUGGACUUGACAACAGCUGAGUCUUUGUGACAAUAAAUUGCUUAAAUGGCUUUAACCUCUCCUCUCGUCUCUCUCUCUCUCUCAUUCUAUUUUCCCUUCCCUUAUUCUAUCAUCACGAAUAUGUGACUCUGAAACAAAUUAGUGGCAUCACCUCUGAAUUUUCAAUA